AUGUUCGGAAUCGACUUUAGCGCGUGGGUGCCGUCGCCGCCUCCGGAGCACGCGUUUUCAGGCACCCCCGCGGUGGUGGUGUCGCUAGUAUGCACGGUGUUCGCCGUGUUUCUCUCCGUACGCCACAUCGUCAUGCACCUCCGUAACUACACCGAGCCCACGUACCAGCGUUACAUCGUCCGGAUCAUCUUCAUGGUCCCCGUACGUACGCUCGCGCUUUGCUACGAGGCGUGGGGGAUCUACAACUUCCUCUCCCUCUGCCUCUCCUGGGUGGGCGGCUACGAGGCGUGGGUGAUUUACAACUUCCUCUCGCUCUGCCUCUCCUGGGUGGGAGGACCGGGCGCCGUGGUGACGAGUCUAACAGGGCGGCUGCUGAAACCCUCCUACCUGCUCAUGACCUGCUGCUUCCCGCCCAUCCCCCUCGACGGUCGCUUCAUACGGAGGUGCAAGCAGGGCUGUCUGCAGUUCGUGUACUUAAAGCCCAUCCUGGCGGCCACCUGCCUGUGCCUCUACUACUACGGCCUCUACGAGGACGGCAACUUCGCCCUCUCAGACGGCUACAUCUACAUCACCUGCAUCUACAUGGCGUCUUAUUCUGUCGCGAUUUACGCUCUUAUUCUCUUCUACGUCGCGUGCCGGGAGCUGCUUCGCUCGUUCAACCCCGUGCCCAAGUUCCUGAUGAUCAAGGCCGUGGUGUUCCUGACCUACUGGCAGGGAGUGCUGGUGUUCAUAGUGGCGCAACUAGGUUAUGUACACAGUGCAGAGGACGCGGCAGACCUGCAGAACGUGCUCAUCUGCGCGGAGAUGGUGCUGGGCGCGCUGGGCUUUAUGCUCGCCUUCCCCUUCAAGCCGUUCCUGCAGGCCAAUGUGGCCAUGAACGGCGAGCAGGCGGGGCUGCUGAGGUCUAUUAAGCAUGCCAUCAACCUCACAGACGUUGUCAGCGACACUGUUCACCAGUUCGCCCCCACCUACCAUGACUAUGUGCUCUACAGCGAUGGCACGGGGGAGACCCACCACUACCGCACACGCACCUUCGUGCCCUCAGGUGUGUUUCUGUUCGUUCAAGUGGAAAUUUGUUCCCUCAGGUGUGUUUCCGUAUCCUUACCACCCCUCCCGAUACCUCUGAUCGCAGGGAGGGAGAUGGAGUCGUGUCGGCGCUCGGCCAGUGGCAGCAGCCAGCCGCACCACUUCACAGACCUGGAGGCCCUCUCCACCUCCGACCGCCCUGCUGGGCCCACAGGGAUGGCCUCUCAGGGUGCUGCUGUUGACUCUGCUGAUUCUUUUCUCUCAGAAGCGCAGCUUAUUUCGACAGAGAAUGCAGACGGGAAACUGGGGAGUGGAGGGAAAGACAGUGGGGCUGCUGGGGGGGUGGGGGGCACGGUGGGUGUGGCGUUGUCUGGCGGCGCGUCUUUGGCUGCGAGGUUAGCUGCAGCGUUUUCUGCAGCGGCCGAUAUGUCGUCAGCGGUUGAUUCGACGGAAGCGAAUGAUCCCACGUCGGCUCCGCUGGGCUUCACUCUCUCAUCUUCGAGUGCUCCGGGGGGAGGCUUUGUGGAGAUGGAAGAAGAGUUGGAGCAGCAGCCUCACCACCACCAGCAGUUGAAACAGCAGCAGGAGUGGGAGCGGGAGGAGCGGGAGCGGGAGCAGCAGGGGCAGCAGGCGGAGGUGGGGAUUCUACGGGAAGCGAUGGAGAAAAUGGGGAUGGUUUCGCCACCUUCUAGAGGUGGGAUGAAGCCGUAUGGAGCUUCGGCCGAGCCUGGCGAUGGUGACGAUCCUACGCCGAUCACGUCGCGGAAUCCGAACCUGGGCACGCCGAAGCUGAUGCCAACUGCCACACCACCGCCACUCCCGCCUCCACCUUCGGCGGGAGGUUCGCCGGACCUAAGAAAGGAAGGUGUAGGAACACCGACCCUCGGCAGUGUGACAAUAAAGGGGUCUCCAUUUUCUGGAGGUAGGGUUUCUGAAAUGGUUCCCUUGCAAGGGAUGGGGCAAGGGGGCAGCACUGGAAGUAGUCCUGCUGUUUCAGCAGGAAUUGGCAGUGCAGGGGAGAUGGACAAGCUUAUGCUAGAUAUGGACCAACAAUAG